CAGUACAGGGCAAUCCAUGCAAAGAUCGAUUUUUUAAAAAUUAGUUAAAUAUUUUUCACGAAUAAUUAAUGCAGUACAAGUUUUAUUUCAACGUGCCCGUGCCAAGAGGCGGAGUUCUCCUUUAAAGGCAGGGUAGGCGGGGCGCGGCUCAACCCGAAACAACAGCUCUGCUCGCUACUUCCUACAUGAGCCCGGCAUCUGGGAAGAGGAGUUUCGGGGCUGAGUACGGUUGCAGUUUCAACGGACCUAUUUAUCUGCAACUUUGCAGAGGCAGCCCUCGAUAUAAGGAGGAAGAAGAACAGAAGGAAAUCUGCCAGGGUCUCAGUGAAUGUGAGCGCGCCGUCCUGACGAUAUUUCCCGUUGGUCAGGAUGAGCGGAGGAGAGGUGGUUUGCUGCGGCUGGUUGAGGAAAUCCCCACCAGAAAAGAAGUUGAGGCGAUAUACGUGGAAGAAGCGUUGGUUCAUUCUACGCAGUGGACGGAUGAGUGGCGAUCCUGAUGUCCUGGAGUACUACAAAAAUGACCAUUCCAAAAAGCCAAUCCGUGUGAUAGACCUUCAUUUCUGUGAGCAAGUCGACGCAGGACUAACAUUCAAAAAGAAAGAGUUUCAAGAUAGCUUUGUGUUUGACAUCAAAACAAUUGAUCGUACUUUUUAUCUGGUGGCAGAGACGGAGGAAGAUAUGAACAAGUGGGUCCGAGCCAUUUGCCAGAUCUGUGGCUUCAAUCAAUCUGAUGAGAACACAGAUGAUGCCAGAAAUGCAGCAGUUGGAUCACAUGCUUCUCGUUCAUCCAUUGCUAACUUAGGACUCAUUGGAGAACAUGGAAGCCAGAGCUCUUCACACACCAGUCAACCAUCAGUGUUCACAUUUGAAAACCCAAUCCAGCUUCAGUCUGUUCUUUCAUCGAGCGCACCACAGGACUACCUCUUUCUCCAUCAAUGUAUGAGCAAGAAGAUUGAAAAUACUAGGAGUGCCAGCUUUUCACAGUCUAUGCCCUUGCCAGGGUCCAUAAAGAGGAAUGGAGAGACAUCUGUACAAAAAUCGCCACGGGGUUACUCGCACUGUGUCAACGGGAUUAAUGGACAAAUUCAUGGCUUUCAUAGUUUACCAAAACCAUCAAAACACCACAUGGACCAAAGAGACACCAUGGCUUAUGACUUGCCCAGGAGUCUGGGGUCUGAUGAUGUGGUCAGAUAUGGCUCAUCCGGGUUAGACAAUGAUGAUGAAGCAGUGUACACCUUCAAUACUCCCAACAGCACCCUCUGCAGGCGGCUCAGUGAGGUUUCCACCGACUCUUACGAUGUUCCAUCCACACCUUUGUCCAUCUACCAUAUUCCAAGGACAUUCACCUUUGACAAAAAUCACAACACGCUAUCCACAGGCUCUGGUGACUCGGCCUCUGCACCUCCCCCACGACCACCUAAGCCUGCACAAGUCGACUGGAAGCCAGAAAGAAAUAGCCCCAAGCAGCAUUCUCGAAAUGCCAAAAGCAAACAAACAAUGUCAGCAGCAACAAUCCCCAGAAGAAACACUGUUCCUGCAGUGGAUAGCAACAGACUUCACAGAGCUUCUUCGUGUGAAACGUAUGAUUAUCCCCGUCUCACCGCAAAAACUGAAGGCCGCUCCAUGGAGUCCGUUAAUGAUGGAUUCAGUUCUUACUUGAGAACAAAAUUCAUGGCAUCCCAGUCAGAAAGUAUGGAAUCUGAGGACAAUUACGUGCCAAUGAACCCAGGUUCCGUGUCUCCAUUUAACACAACUAACCCGGAAAGUCAUCAAGAUGUCUAUAUGCCCAUGAGUCCUGGUCCCCACCACUUUGACUUCUCUGGAUUCUCUUCAGCCACGUUUCCUUCCCGUAAAGGAAGUACGGCUUCUUUCUGCCUCAAAGCUAAUUUUCCUGCAGUGUUGCUGCCGCCUCCAGUCAAUCGUAAUCUUAAACCAGACAGAAAAUCCAAGGCAGGACCUUUGGAAACAAGAAACCACACAGUAAUUGAUGAGCUUCCUUUCAAGUCCCCCGUUACCAGAUCUUGGUCCAGGCCAGUAACUGCUGUCAACCCCAUUUCGUCACUAAAUUGCCGCCCGUUGUCAACACAGAGCGUCACCAGCACUGACUCAGGAGACAGUGAAGAAAACUAUGUUGCAAUGCAGAAUCCAAUUUCUACCUCUCCAAUGAAUGCUGUGACUGGUAGUCCUAUUACCAGGAAGAGUGGAAGUGUUGAUUAUUUAUCCUUGGAUUUCCAACCCGGUUCUCCUAGUCCUCAUCGAAAGCCUUCCACAUCCUCGAUAACAUCAGAUGAAAAAGUGGACUAUGUACAAGUGGAUAAGGAAAGGACCCAAGCUCUACAGAACACCAUGCAGGAGUGGACCGAUGUGAGGCAAUCCUGUGAGGCUCUGAAGAGUCUCAAGUAGCAAUAUAAAUGAUAAAUAGUUGAAAGAUAACUUAUUUUCUGUUCUGUUUUUUUAUUAAUUUGGAUAUCUGGUGCAAGUUAUGUCAGAAAUGGUGAAACAAUCCUAUCUUUUGCAAUGCCUCAAAAUUUUACAAGUAGCUUUCCUUCACUUUUUGAUAGAAGCAGCCACUAAUGUAUCUGUUCACAGAUGAAGGUUCAUUCUCAGAGCAGUUUAGGGGUAAUAGCUGAAGCAGGUUUUUCCACAAUCCUUGAACAUUCACAGCAACUUAUUAUCCAUUAUUGUCCUUUGUUAGAAUAUAAUACAUGUCUGUCUGAUUAAAAUAUUGCAACACAGGUGAGAUAACCAACUAUUUUUUGCCAAUCUGUUAAACACAAAUUUGCGUUACUAGCACUAUGACCACUUAUCUGAAGAAUCCCAUGGAAACUUGUAAUGUUUGCUUACAUCAUUUAAUUGGGAUACUAGACAAAAAUAUUUCAACAAGUUAGUACAUUCUAAAUCAUGUACACUUAAUAAGGACUGAAGCAUCAUUGAAUUAUUUCAAUGUGUGACAAAAAGGUGAACUUUCAACAUAAUCUUAAAACUCAAAGCAAAAAUCUGCAGGAGCUGAAAAUCUGAAAUAAAAACAAACUGCUGGAAAUAUUUAGCAGUUCAGAGAGUAUAUUUGGAGAGAGAAACAAGUUUAAUGUUUCAUAUGAACCUUUCAUCAGAGCAUUAAAUUGGUGUUUCAAUGAAAAUUGUGCAGUUUCAAAAGCAGCUUAAUUAAGCAUUGCAUUAAACUGCAAGAGACAACUUGAAAACAAAACCUGAACAAUUGAGGAAGUUCUACCUCUUUGAAUCGGAAGAGAUAGGUUACAAUGAAUAAUGGUACCCCAUUAAAUAUAGGAAUAUACCUCAAGGAAUGAUAGGGCUCCUUAGAAAUGUUGAGGAGUGCAUCAGAUGGAAUUUGUAGUAAUUGCACAGUGUAGAUCUGAGUAAACUUCUUUGCAAAAAAAUUACUUAACAACUCAUCGAUAUAACUUUAAAAAUAAUUUUUAAAAAGCAGGGCACUUCUUAACUUCAGUCUUCAAAAACCACUGUAUGAUGCAUGUUUGCCUACCAUAUUGUAAUUGGAUACUAGCCAAAGAUCUUUAAUGCAUUGAUUUUAAAGUUGAUUUAUUUAAAAUGACAAAUACCUAGUUAUGUAAGGGGAAAUUAUUAUUAUUGGCAGCACUGUUCACUAUCCUUGCAAGUUUAAUGGUUUUCAUUGUUGUUUGUAGGCAUAAAAGCAAAACAAAUAGAAUUGAAUUCACUCCAA